UUCAAUCACGCUGUCACUCCGUUGAUUCAAUCUGCCCUGGGUGGGUACAAUGUGUGCAUUUUCGCGUACGGACAGACGGGCUCUGGGAAAACCUUCACAAUGGAGGGUAGUGAGGGUCAAUUGGCCGUUAUUCCACGUACCGUUGACCUUCUUUUUGAUUCCGUGAAGAAUUACAAGAGAAUUGGCCGGGAGUAUGAGAUCCGGGCAACCUUACUGGAGAUCUACAAUGAGGUCCUCUAUGAUCUUCUCAAUCCGGAGGCGACUGACUUGGAAAUCCGCAUGGUCAGCGCAUCAAGCAAAACGGAUACGGAUGUUUAUGUGAGCAACAUAACGGAGAAGAUUGCUGAGAAUGGGCAACAAUUGAGGGCAUUGAUGGAUGCUGCCAAGCGCAAUCGAGCAACAGCCUGCACGGUUGGCAAUGAACGUUCAUCGCGUUCCCCACACGCAAUUACGCGCCUUCAGCUGAUUAGAGUGCAAGAGGGGAAGCAGGAAAAGUGCGUUGGAACCGUUAAUCUUGUGGACCUCGCGGAAUCGGAGUCCCCGAAGACCAGCACCCGAAUGGAGGAGAAAAAGAAGAUCAAAAGGAGCCUCAGUGAGCUCACAAAUGUCAUCAUGACCAUCCUCAAUAAGCAAGAACAUGUCCCUUAUCGAAACUUCAAGCUCACCCAUCUGCUAAUGGUGCUAAUGCCAGCUUUGGGAGGCAAUUCAAAGACCUUGAUGGUGAUUAACGUAUCGCCUCUGAAGGACUGCUAUGGGGAAUCGCUCAAGUCCCUUUGUUUUGCUGCUUCUGUGAAUUCCAUAAAGAUGACGAGAGUGAGGAAGAAUCGCUACUUGAACAAUGUGACCACCAGCAGCGCCUAA